AUGCGUUUCCAACCAAUCCUCGCAGGUCUCGUCUACGGCCUCCUGUCCGUCUCUUCCCAAGCCGCACCCUUCAACCCGGAUACAAGAUCCGUCAGUCUCAACGAAAGAGCCGAUAAAGCGUCCGUGACCUCAGACUGGGUUUUCGACGGUGUCGACUACGAAAAGAAGGGCAAAGAGCUCUUGUCAAAGGGAGAAGCUGCUUAUGCCAAUGGUCAUUCCAAUGACCACGACUACACAAAUGUCAUCAAGCACUACAACGUUAAAAAACAGAAAAAAACCAACCCGCAAGUAGACCUAGAUGCUCAGAAGUGGAUUAGCAAGGUCGCCAAUAUUCCCAUACCUAAGAAUCCGGCCAUUCAGGGGGGUUUCAACGUCUUUGACAAGUACACACUCUAUGGCUAUAAAGAAGAGGAAGAAUGCCACAAUACAGUAUGCGUCGUCGAAGUCUUUAUCUCCGCCAAGUACAAGACGAUGAUGCCAUCCCGCCUCUUCAGCAAGGAAGCGCCGGGUAAGCCAGAAAGUCUUUACAGCAAAGAUCUCCCUGUUGGCAAGCGGCUUCCGAUGUCUGAAAUUCUCUUCCAAUGCUGGAAGACGACCGUCGAGGAGUACAACAAGUCCGAAGAGGGCAAGGAGACUCCUGUCAAGAUAUCAGACCUGAAGCACAUUAUCGGCGUCGAUGUCGAUAACGAGACUGCUAAGAAGAUUGUCGAAAAAGCAAAAGAGGCUAAGAAGGCUACCACACCGGAAUUUGACCUCAAACACACUGACGGCGCUCCUUACAAUGCUAUGGCCUACUCGAGCAGCGGCGUUUCCAAGGUUUGGAUGCUGGCGGACCACGCUAUUGCUUCCGAGUUCAAUGGCCUGAAGCUUCAUGAUAUCAGCGUUUCCACAGUUGAUCAGCGCCCUAUGAUUGCCUGGGAGCUGGGUCAUUAA